AUGAAAGAACAAAUUUUAAUUUUAUUCUUUGUUAUAUUAAUCGAAAAAACAACAUGUUCAUUUUGGAAUGAAAUUCCUCCGCGAUGUAUUUAUGAUCGAACAACAUUAUUUUCAUGUUGGAAUACAACAUUUACACAUCCAAUACCUUUAUUUAAUGAUUUAACUUAUACACUUCAAAAUCAUUAUGUACAAAUUCGUGAUUCAUAUUUUCAAUUAUCAUUAAAUGAUUUAUUUAUUUAUGUUAGUUCAAAUAUUGAAAAUUUAUUAUUAAUUAAUAAUACAUUUUCAUUAUUAUCAUUUAAUAAAAGUGAAAAAAUUUAUUUUCGUCUUCUUCAAUCAUUACAAAUUCAUGAUAAUAAAAGUUUACAAUGGUUUCAAUUAAAUACAUCAUAUUUUCCACAAUUAAUUAAACUUGAUUUAUCAUAUAAUCAAUUAACAAAUAAAAAAAUACUUUUAUUUAAUCAACAAUAUUAUCCUAUAUUAAAAUAUCUUAAUUUAUCACAUAAUCAACUUGAAUCAAUUGAUAAUUUAACUGGAAAUUGUUUAAAUAGAAUUGAAAAUUUAAUAUUAUCUUUUAAUCCAUUAAAAACAAUUAUUAAUAAAAUUAAUCAAUUUCAAUCACUUAUUUUUCUUGAUCUUUCAUCAACAUUAAUUAAACAAUUAUUUAGUAUAACAUUAUUACCACGUUUAGAAACAUUUUUAUGUUGUUAUUGUCAAGAAAUUUUAAUAGAAGAAUAUGAAAAAUUUCUUUCAAAUUGUUCACAAUCAUAUAAUUAUUUAAUACUUGAUUUAACACAAACAAAUAUUAUAUCAUUAAAAUUUUUUAAUACAUAUAUUAAAUGUAUUAAAGAUUUAACAUUUAAUAAUCAAAAUUUAAUUGAUUCAAUAUCAAUACAAGAUCUUUUAUUUAGUAUAAAUCUUCAAAAUAUUCAAAUGCAAAAUAUAAAUAAGAUUGAUUAUAUAAAUUUAAAUGUUUAUGAUCGUUUAAAAUCAAUUGAUUUUAGUUAUAAUAUGAAUUUAAAAUAUGUUAGUUUACAUUUAAUGUCUGAUUAUACUUAUUUACAACGUUUAAUAGUAUCACAUACAACAGUUGAAGAUUUUUCAGUUAAUUUCAAUAAUACAAUACAGACAUUUUUACAUAUUGAUAUAAUCGAUAUGAGUCAUAGUCGUUUAGAAACUCUUCAUUUUCUUAAAUAUCUAACAUUUUAUGUCUUAGAUGUAAGUUAUAAUCGUUUAAAAAUUAUUGAUAUUAAUCAAAUAUAUUUUCGUCAUGGUAUAUAUGAAUUAACUUCAAUGAAUUUAUUAAAUUUAUCAUCAAAUGAAAUGGAAUUUAUUAAAAUAAAUUGGAAUAAUGAAUCUCCACAUACAAUUGAUUUAUCACAAAAUAAACUUAAAUCAAUUGAAUUACAUGGUCAAUCAACAUAUACACUUUUAUUAAAUGAAAAUUUGAAUUUAUCACUUACACCAAUAACAUUCAAUAUUGAUUUACCUUUAUUACAAUAUCUUGAUUUAAAUUCUAUUCAUAUUGAUUCAUUAGAAAAUCUUAUUUAUUUACAUAAUCUAUCAAAUAUUCAUACAUUACUUUUAAAUAAUAAUCAUCUUAAUAAAAAAUAUCGUACAUUAAAUUGGCAUAUUUUUUAUCCUUGGCAUCGAACAUUAACUCAUCUUUCUCUUCAAAAUAUAUCACUUGAAAAAAUUGAUUCUGGUGCUUAUUUAAAUGAUUAUUAUCAUUUAUUAACAAUUAAUUUUUAUUCUAAUAAUCAUCUUAUAUGUGAUUGUACAUUACAACCAUUUAUUAAUUGGUUAAAAACUCCACCACCAUCAUUAAUUGAUUUUUAUGAACCAUUACAAAAAGUAUUAAGUAUUAAUUGUCCUAUAAAAUUAUUUGAACUUAAUUGUAAUAGAGGAAAAACAAAAUCAACAUUAUUUUUAACAUUUCUUAUCAUAGGAAUAUUUCUUAUUAUAUUAUUAAUUAUAUUUAUACUUCUUUAUUGUUAUAUGAAACAAAAACGUUCGAAAUCCUAUCGUCAUAUGUUUACAGAUAAUGAUUUAAUAGCAUUAACUGAACAAAAUGUUAUUCAAAGAACUGAUGAUUAA